AUGAAGAACAGCUCGGCUGCUCUGGGCUCACCCACGGUGAGCGUGAUGCCUCUCGACUUUGGCCACGUCGACUCGGCUCACCACGCCCACGUUGCCAUUGUCGGCGCGGGCCCCCGAGGAACGAGCUCGCUGGAGCGUGUAUGCUCGUCAGCAUCGGAGUUCCUUGGACCAUCCGGAAAGCUUACCGUGCACGUGGUAGACCCGUCUCCUCCGGGCCCGGGCAUGGUGUGGCGUAGAGAGCAGUCAUCGCAGCUCCUGAUGAACACAGUCACGUCGCAGGUCACCCUGUUCACCGACGACAGCGUGGUCUGCGCCGGGCCCAUCCGCCCUGGCCCGAGCCUGCACGACUGGGCCAGGGAGGCGGAACCAGACCUGGGGCCAGACGACUACGCCACGCGCUCCCAGUACGGCGGCUACCUGGAGUGGGUGUUUGGCGAGGUGGUGCGAAGGGCGCCGCCCAACGUCGCCAUCGAGGUGCACUCGGCGCUUGCCGUGCGGCUCAACGACGCCAUCGACGGCAGCCAGACGCUGACCCUGUCGACGGGCGAGACCCUGCCCGGGCUGGCGGCCGUCAUCCUCGCCCAGGGCCACCUCCCCCUGCACAUGGACCCUGAGCUGAAGAGGCUGGCCGACUAUGCGGCCGAGAACGCGCUGCGCCACUUCGCCCCCAGCAACCCGGCCGAUCUGGAUCUGUCCGUCAUCCAGCCCGGGGAGGCCGUCGUGCUCCGCGGCCUCGGCCUCAACUUCUUCGACCACAUGGCCCUGCUGACGACGGGCCGCGGCGGACGCUUCACCACCUCGCCCCAGGGCAAGCUCGUCUACCACGCCUCGGGGCGCGAGCCGCACAUGUACGCCGGCUCGCGUCGGGGCAUCCCCUACCACGCGCGCGGCGACAACGCCAAGGGCGCCUUUGGCCGCCACAUGCCGCUGGUGCUGACGGAGGACGUGAUUGCCCAGUUCCACCGGCGCGCCAACGCCGGCAACGCGCCCGACUUUUUCAGGGACAUUUGGCCGCUGGCCGCCAAGGAGGUCGAGGUCGUCUACUACGAGGCGCUGCUCCGCGCACGGCAAAAGGGCGCCGCCGUGCCCUCGCACUUCCGCCAGCGGUUCCUGGCCGCGCCCCACGAGAGCCGCCACGAGGCCCAGCUCCUCGAGGAGUUUGGCAUCGCCAAGGCCGACCGCUGGUCGUGGGAGCGCAUCCAGCGGCCGCAGGGCAGCCGCGCCUUCGCCACGGCGGGCGCCUGGAAGACGUGGCUGCUCGAACACCUGCGGCAGGACGCGCGCGAGGCGGCGCUGGGCAACGUCGACGGCCCGCUCAAGGCGGCGCUCGACGUGAUGCGCGACAUGCGCAACGAGCUGCGCCUCAUCGUGGACCACGACGGCGUCCAGGGCUCGUCGUACAGGGACCACCUGGACCGGUGGUACACGCCGCUCAACGCGUUCCUGUCCAUCGGCCCGCCGCGGCAGCGCAUCGAGCAGAUGGUGGCGCUCAUGGAGGCCGGGGUGCUGGACGUGCUGGGGCCCCGGAUGCGCGUGCAGGCCGAGGGCGGCGCCUGGCUGGCCUCGUCGCCCGAGAUCCCGGGCUGGACCGCGCGCGGCACCACCCUCGUCGAGGCCCGCCUGGCCGCCGGCGCGCGUCCCGGCGUCAACUCGGUCACGCUGACGGACACGGAUGCCGUCGCCCGCGCCGCGCUGCAUGCCGCCCGAUCCGAGAUGGACAAGGGUUGCGAGCCGGCCAUACAGGCUAGUUCGCUGCCCAUGGCGAUUGUGGCGUGA